UCGAGCAGUGACAAAGAGAAAUGGUGAGCGUUAUGAUAUGUUGGAUGCCUAGCAUGACAGUCCCAGUAAUUGUAUUCACGGGCGCCGCGGUCGCGUAUUCAAAGGGAGCAGCAGCUGAAGGUCGCUCGUGGUAUUCCCACUCGAACGCAUGUCUGGCACGGUGCAACCAUGGCGAUUGUGCAUUCUUAACUCUUCCAAUAUCACACCACAUGACUAGGACUGGUUGCUCACGCGCACAGUCCGAGGAUGUAGAUGACAUCAGCUCCGCGGACAAUCUAUGGAAUGACAAGGUUAUACAAAUCAGUAGCUCGGCGGCGGCCUCAGCCACCGUUUCAAGGCUAUUGUACUGAGGAAGCUGAGUCCUGCAUGAGAACUUGAUCAAUCGAGGGUCGUGCAUAUAUAGCAGCGUGUACCAUGUCACAGAGAAAAUACAUCAAGAGCAUGAGGUCAGUUUAAGUGUCCUCAUAUUUCCCAUACUGCGGAAUCUGCAGCUCGUCAAGUUGACGCCAGGCCAUGACCUACGCAACACCAACGAAUUUAGCAGGCUGCAGAAAUUGAGGUCCAAAAAGUGGACACCUAGCAAGUGUCCGUUAUCAUUCAAGCAAAUCAUCAUCCACCUCUCUCGCUCGCCCUCAAUAGACCUAGCGCUACUAAAGGACUAGAGACCACGAGCCAACCAACCAAGUCCACCGCCUCACUCGUCUCUCCUUUUACAGAAU